CAUUGCUUUGAAUAAUCCUUGACCGUAUGAGACUCCUGGCUUUCCAAUUGUUUUUCGUUGACUCUGUAACUGGUCAUUGAGAAUGAGCUUAUCUGCCUCUGUGAGCUAAACUAUCUUAUUAAGGGACCAAGGUAACUGCUCAAAUAUUCGGCUUAUCACGAAAGUAGCCACCAAAGCUGACGAGCGUUUACGACAUCACUAGACAGCCACUAGAGACCAGUUGAUAUCAAUCUGCCAAACUCACACAGUCAUUGGGCUCUCAGAGCUCUCUCCACUCUUAAUAAUGAAAAUAUCAGCCACUCCACAAAUCCUUGGCAGCCAAAGUUAAGAUGGACUUUGAGAGAGAGUCCUUGUUGACUCUUUGGACCCUCCUUGGAAUGUGAACGGGCCUGUGCCCAUCCGUGUGGAAAAAUCAGUUUAAUGGGAAGCUAUAUUUAUUUACGUAAAUACCGGUACGGGUCGUCGAGUGAUACCCGAUUAUUUACGUUAGGAGGGCAGUCAAGCAUUUCCUUUUUUACCUACAGCUGCCACCGGCCAUUUGUCCAUGAAAUUCGACGUCAGGAAAACAACGGACCACCUUGUCGUUUUCAUAUCGACCCGGGGUUUUUGUCGGUGUGUAUCGACAAGAAGCUUUUCUUCUUCUUCUUCUUUGAGGGUUGCACUAACGGUAACACUUUUGUGGACGGUGUGUAUGUGGUAUUAUGCCACCGAGAACCAAAGGAAUUGUUGUCACUUCCGCUGUUGGGCAGUUAAUCACAGUUUCGUGUGAAUUUUCUUGUCCAAUCCUCUUUCCCCCCUUUGCCUGUUCUUUUUCCUUCUCCUAUUUUUAGGCUUCUGCUUCCUUUUCUUACCGAAGGGGUUUCGUAAAGGGUCCCGUUGUGCGAUACCGUCGAAUGUUUUUCCGUCUAAAUUUCUCCCUGAAGGUUGGCUGCUACAAAUUACCCAAAAGUACUUGGAUAACGUAAUCGUAACCUGAUUAUUUUUCUACAUGGGCUCGUUUGAUUUCUACUUGGCGACACGAUAGCCGCCGCCCUAUUUUUCCCCCACAAUUGUCGAAACGGCUGUAAAUAUUCGAGGAAAGAAAAAAAAAACGAAUUUCUCUUUGUUACCAUUUUGGACUUCCGUUACCGAUUGAACGAGCCCCUUCCUAGACGGAUGGAUGAACCGGAUAAACUGACUUUCUUUUUCCCCCCUUUUAAACUUUUAUUUCACUCCAUUAGUCCGCGAUGGCAAUCCAAUCGAUAAAGGAUGUGUGUGUGUGUGUGUUCUUUCCAGGCCUCGUUCGUCUCUGUCUCGAUCGGUCAAAAAAUGUUUAAUGAAAUACAAACAUACAUUUGUACUCCGGCCCCCCACUUUCCAUAUUGGAAUGAGGCUCGAACGGAGAGAGCGCACGUCCAGGAAGAAGAACUAGAAAUGAUUCAGAACAAUGUCAGAAACAGACAAAACCAAUUACUUUUUUCCUAGUUCUUCUGGCAUCUUUAUACCUGACUUUGACCACUGUCAAGUUUGUUUUCUUGGCUAGAUACUCUCACUAGAUUAUUCAUAACCAGUCUCCCCCCCCCCUCUCUGCCGCCUCCUCUGGUAGUAGUAGCUAUUUAAUAUUCUUCCACCUCGUUUUUUGUUCGUGAUGGAAUCAGCCCUGAACCUUGUUGCACAGCGGACUUAUGGCCCCGAGCUUUGCAACAGUUAUUUUGCAUCAAAAGACAUCCUGUUUGCUCACGAUUGACGUCAACAUAGUCGGUUAUUGUUGUCCCGUCAUUCGGUUUUUCUCCACCCGCAGCCCCAACGCAGAAAAGCUGCUUGCUAUUCAUUUGUUUAAUCGAAUUCCUACCAAAAAGGAAAAGGUUAAGUUGAUAAUAUGAGGCGGAUUUGUGGCGCAGGAGGGCACGAGUUCACUUUCCGAUUCCUUUUCGUUAAUCCGAUUGUGUCCAACAACCUUUCCGGGGAACGAAAGUGUACUAGAAACUUUUUUCUCCAGUACGCCUGUACCUUGGUAUUCCGUCUCCCGCUGGCGAGAAUGUCUUGUCAUCUUGGAAAGAAGAGGACGGCAAAAACCCCCCAACAACGCAACAACAAAAUGGAUUUUUCCGAUUCGUUACUCUUUGGUUUAAGAGAGAGAGAGAGAAAAGGAAUGAAAGAAAAGAUUUUCUUCGGACAACAAAAUGACUGUGUUGUUGUAGUAGUUGUUUCGCUCUCACAGUGUUGUUUCGUUCAGAUGGGGGGUCGGGCGGAGGAAUGAGUUGAGCACGUCACUGGAUAUCAGAAUUCCUAUACACUCGCCGGUGUACGUAUCCACAGAGUAUUUAUUUUUACCUUUUUUUUUUUAUUUUUUUAGAAAAAAAGGAAUGAGAAAACAAAGAGGAAAGAGGUUUUAUUUCAUGUGGCAUUCUCUCACGGCGCUCACUUGACCGAGAGGUGGGAACUGAAUGAGAGAGCACAGCACAAGCUCCUAUCCCCCCCUCUUUCUUGUUGGUCUCUGCCUGCUUAAUAAUUCUUCUCUUAUUUGAACAAAAAAUAAUACACAGAGCGAGAGAGGGAGAAAGCGUAUUCGUAGCAGCAGCAGCCCGACACAUUUCUCAGAAAUGGAAUCUCUUUUUUUCAAUUUGGAAAAAAUAAGACGAAGUUUGUACUUGUCUGAAAAGGUUUUCGGGGUGGUCUUUUCCAGUUAACGUUAUUAUUAUUAUACUGCGCGCAAGCAUUAGUGACCCACGAAUGCUCCGGCUGUUGUUUUGUCUGUGGGAUAUUGUGUUGGACUGUGUAGUGUGUGUAAAAGUUCUUUUGGUCAAAAGAGGUGCGCACAUAACGCUGGCCGUGUAUCGCUUUGAUGACGUUGGGCUACCGUAUCGCAUGCAAUCAAUGGGCCAGCCUGGCGUCAGGUUGCGCUAUCCAUCUCAAAUCGUAUGCCUUUAUGCGUUGCCCGUUUCGGAGUUUUCAACCUUUCUCCGCCGACUGCUGAAUUUGUGAGUCAGAAAAGGGCCUCCUUUAAAAAGAAAAGGGAAAAAGAACGGGGAAGAAUUAAUCGAUUCGUCAUGGCGUGCGCGUGAUUUACGAAAGGGCCGAGAACACAAUACAAUAUGGUGUGUUCGGGAAUUCUACGACCCGUGCCCGUUUUGUAGUCAGUUUGCACAUUUUUUUUUUUUCUCUUUCUCAGCGCAUUUUUCUUUUUGCAUGUUGAGCAAAUCGGGUUGUACUACGUUGAUGGCUUGUUUUCUCUCUCUCUCUCCUCCCUGGCCAUAUUUCGACUAUUGGGUGAUUCAAAAGGUAUUGAAACAUCACCGUCUAUGGGGUUGGGUUGGUCGGGAGUCAACGUUAUUCCUGUUGUUGUUGCCGUUUCCUUGGGACGCAUCGCUGGACUUGGACGUUCCGUGUUAUGUCAAAUUGACGUUUUGAAUGGCCGAAGCCAAGUUUGGCAAGAUGCCGGACUUAACAAAUAGCCACUUUUUCUUUUCUUUCUUUCUUACUAAUUCGUGCUGCUGGCCAUUCGGUCCAGGCCGUGGCCCCCCUACUGAUUCUUAGUGAUCUGAAGCCUCUGAAUUGAUGAGACACAUUUACCUACGAGCGUAUGUAUAUAUAUACAUAUACAUAGUAGUAGCAAAAAAUACCCUGAAGGGCGGCCUCCUCUUGUCUUUCUCCAUUUUUCUGUUUUUCGUCGUUGCCGGCCACCUGCCAAGCUUUUUGGGUCCUCUUUUUUGUUUUUUUCUUUUCUUAUAAAGAAAAACAAAAAUUGUUCAGAAAUUCAAAAAUGCCAGAAGCGUAAGAGAUAAAAGAAGGAAAGAAAUGAUGAUGAUGAUUUUCUCUGAUUAUUUAAAAAAAAAUCGUCUUUCCCCUCUGGCCGUCGUGGCCGUCGUGACCUCUUUGAGUGGUUGCCUUGUUUUUCUUUUUCUUUUUUCGGUUGUUAUUAUUCCGCAAGAAUGCUGCUGAUUGCGCAUUGUUUUUCCUUCGUCUGUUUGUUUUCCAAUGUAGUGCGCGCGCUACUUUUACGUAACUUGGAUGACGAUGUCGAAAUGGAUAUGAAAAACUGAUUCUGGCUAUUUUUCAUUCAUUUGUUUUCUUUCUUUCUAUUUUCAUUUCAAAUGGAAUGCGGAGGCCCCCUUUUUUGGGCGGUGGACACAUCCGCUCUUGUGGACAGCUAUUUUCAUUCCCCAGCAGCUCCUUUGAUUUCGGCUGGACAUUGUCCUGGACUUGAAGACUUUUUAUUUCUCAAGUGGUUGGUGGGGUCGGAUGUUUUUAGCGGCCGAAAGUGACGUCUAUUGUGACAUGUUUCUCAUUUGGGUGCCUUUUUGUCUUGUCCUACCUGGCGCCACUUGACCGUGGAAGGACGGGCGAGUGAUUUCUCGUGUCCAUUUAUAUCUUUCCUCUCGACAUUUUGGCCGUCAGGGAGUUCUCCUGAAAGAAAAUCGAAUGAGUCUGUUCCUUUUCGACCCGGGCAAGAAAAGGUGGCGGCCGGUUGCGAGAGAAGCCCAACCAGAGAUUUUUGAUUUGGUUCUUUAUUGCGCAAUCAAGUUGGCCAGCUCAAAACGAAGACAUUUCUCGGUUCCAAAUGAAACGAAGCUGCGUGGGUAGUACUACUACCAAGGCGCGCUCUGUAAUGGCCGGUCGAAUCGUAGCCUUUGGGAAUCUUUUGUGGCCUUUCCGUUUUUAUUCUUAGCAGUCAAGAAAAAGAGAUCAUCUUUUUCUCUGUGUGUGUCGGGUGGCUUGUUUUUGUUUUCCCCCAUUUCCACUGAUGAUGAUGAUGGGGUACUCUGCCGUUAUGGCCGUACCAAAUGGAGAGCUCGGUCAGAGAGCGUCCAUCCAGCGCCUGGAUAGGCGUAAGGAAGAAAAACAAAUCCCAAGUCCAGUUUUUGAUGGCCAAUGGGGGGCGUUGAUUGUAGUGGCAGCUACGAGGAUUGUGUUCUCCUUGUCAAUGGCCGGCGUAACUAUUUUCAUUCGUUCCGAGUCUCUGGCGUUUCGCUAAAGGCGAAAUGUUGAGAUGUAGGGGAGAAGAUUGUCGAAAGAAUGAAACGAAACAAAAAAAGAACAAAACUAAAAUCAGAAAAGAGAUUGAGCGUGCCACUCUUGUAGCCAAAAGGAGGAGCGUCUGUCGUUGUUAGUGUGUGGUAGGGUUGUAGUAUAGUGGUGGUGUUAUAGCGGUAGCGUAGGCGCAAGUUGUUGUCUCUUCUUCUUUGCGAAGGCCAGCAACAGGUGAGCUGCGUAUACACCUGGAGGGUUCAGCGGCUGCUGCCCCUCCGGAUGAAAUAGGAACACUCGCGAGCGAAAGAAGAAAAAGAAAAUAACCUGGCGGGAAACACGCAUUCUUUUUUCUUCUUCUUUCAAAUUCUCUUUUCGCCUCUUUUUCCUUCGAUCCUCUUCUUUGCGCUCUUUUCCGAAAAGGUGAGAAGGAAAGAAAAGAAAAAAAUAACAAUUCAAAUUCCACACACUCGUAUGUUUUCUUCCUCCGCUUCUUUCUACGCGCGUGCAUGUGUGGAGUAGGAGGAGUUGAGUAGUCGCCGCCCCGUAAUACAUGGCAGCAGUCGUGUGUGUGUGUCUGCUAGAGCUGGGCUUUAGCUUUUAGCUGGGCUCUCUCUCUCUCUGUAUCGCCAAGCAAAAUGCCUUCGAGUAGGGCCGUCGCUCCUCAGUUGACCGUCAAGAGAGCGGCCAUACACACCGACGUAAUUUUCUUGUUUGCUUAUAAACGCCAGCCCCAUCCAGUGAGUGAUUUUUUCUCGAUUGAAAAAUUUUGAGCGAUUGGGCCUGACUGUCAAGGAAAAGGAUGGUGGAAGCGGGAAGUUGAUUCUGAGAAAAGCAAUUUGUUUCCCAUGUGGAUUAAUGAACGGUAGUCGUCAUUGCGCCCGGUCGCAUUGCCCAGUGUUAAGAGAAAAGUUGCUGAUUGAAUUACAAGUGAACUUUUUUGGGUGUGUGUCUGUGUGUACUGUGUGUGUUCAUCUUCACACAUCGUCGUUCACCGUCUGCGGCUUGUGCUUUGCUGGAACAUCCGCGUACUCGCACCGUCUGUUCCGUCUUCUUGAAUCGGCCCGUCACACGUGCCGCCUUUAGUCUCAACCGCAUCCAUCCAGCGCUGGAAGACGAAUAAAAAAAGACUCUUUUUUUGAUUGAGAAUUUGAUUGGAGCAUUGCCCUCGGUUUUUCGUGUUGGUUAUUUUUUUCUUGCGUGCGAGUGUUUCUCUUUCUCUCUCCCCCUUUUUUGGUGUCUUGUUAUUUUGUGUGCGGCUGCGGAUGGGAUGUCGCUGAAGGUGACGGGCGUUUACUUCUCGGCUUCGUCUGCCGGACCAGGUCCUGGCAAAAUGAAAGCCACGAUCCGCGCGGCUCGCCACCAUCCACCGCCUCCUUCGUCGCUGGCCCCUCAGCCCAUCCACUAUGUCCACCAUCAGCAGCAGCAGCCGUUGCCCAGCGCUGGCGGCCGGAACAACAGCAGCAGCAACAACAUUAUUUCUGCCAACAGUCCGACUGGCAACCUCGACCAGCAGCCAGCGCCGGCCAAAGGCAGCAAAGGGGGCGGCGGCCGGAUCAUCUCUAAUAGCCACAACAACCACCACCACCACCAGUACCACCACUCUCACCUACACUCGCAGUCUCUCGACUAUUUGCACCUCAACUUUGAGGAGAAGCGUCAGAUCAUCGCCUCUUCCUUGUCUCUAGUCGACUUCCUAAAUCAUCCGCCUGUCAAAGUUAAAGGUCGCCAUUCUCACACGAACGGGACACACGUCGGCAGCGGCGUCGGCGGGGUGACUGGCGUCGGUAGCGGUCAGACCCUGCCGGCGCCCAUCAACAGCUGGAACAACCUACCGCUGGAAAGGAGCAAAUCCAAGUUUGCCUCGCUCUCCCGCCUCUUCAAACCUUGGAAAUGGCGCGUCCGGCGAAAAUCCGACAAGCUGGAAAGCGUCUCGCAGACGCUGGAGAGGAAGAUGUCCAUGAGGGCUCACCGUGAUGAACUCAUUCAAAAGGGUAUUUUACUGCCGGAUUUGGCCAAUUCGACCACAUCUUCGACCAACGCCUCCAACACUCUUUCCACCAUUGCUGAAUCGAAACGAGACAAGGAUCGAACGAAGGAGGAGAACCAUUCGUCGUCGAGUGAUAGCGGCUAUCAGCCGUACUCUGGCGCCGGAUCGACCAUUACGUCGGCGUCUAGCAACGAUGCGGCCAGUAGUAGGUGUUCCCAAUCCUCUUCUAGCGCACUUGAGCAUCCGCAGCAAUCGGAUCCAUCGCCGCCUACUGCCAAUGCCAAUGCAUCCUCCUCUCCUUCCAUGCCUUGCGCUGUUGUUCCUACCGCUGCGUCCGCCACACAUCCUGCAUCCAGCACGUCCACUUCUACGUCGUCGUCGUCGUCGUCCGAACAACGGCCCGUCUCGUUGCAUGUCACUUCCUCGUCUCUUGCAUCCGCACUUCCUGCAUCAUCCAAUUCCACGUCUUCUUCCUCAUCACCUAAACCCAUUUCCUCCACUUCCACUUCUUCUUCUUACGCUUGGAACAAGCGGACCGGAGGCACGGGCCUGGUCGGGGCGGCCAAAGCUCGCGGAUGGUUGCGCUCCUACCACCAUCCGUCGGCUGUCAGCGCCGCGUCGUCCAAUGCCGACGCGGUCGACAGUAGCCAGAACGGCAGCAAUAGCGCCCCGCCCAGUCCGUCCAACGUGUCGGCCGAGUCAAGCGCUAGCGCUUUGUCCGGCGGCGGCGCAACCACGGGUAAUAGCACGAGUAGCACUAGCCAACAGGCGGCCACGACCAGCACGAGUGGCGUCCUGGUCAAUGGUAGCACUUACACCUCCUCCAACUCCACGUCCAAUUCCAAUUGCAAUUCCUCUUCGUCUGCAUGCGUGACGCCGUCGUUUGCGGCCAGCCUCAACGCCGCACUGGCCUCGGGACCGCUCAUGCCCAGCACCAACGGCCACCAUUCGCAACUGUACGACUCAUCGUCUUCUUCUCAUUCUUCUUCUUCUCCUCCUGCCUCGUCCUCUUCUCCUUCCGCCACCUCCUACCCCCUAGCAGCCAACGCCAACGCAGCAGCUGGACCUGGCGGUGGCAACCGACCCAACAGCCUGCCGCCCGGAAUGGCGCCCGGUCACGGGCUCCUCUCGGCCCUGGUCGGCCACUCUUCCUCGGCCGGCACGCCGCCGUCGCAACUGCGUCAGACGACGCAGACCCACUUCGGUAGCAGCUCGACGCCUUCGCCGACGGCCGUGACGUCGACCACUUCUGCGACGACACCACCCACGCUUCCGUCGGCGUCUUCGGCUUCUUCAACUUUUCCAUCGUCUGGCGGCUCCUCUCAGACGACGUCGGCCGCCGCCACCAUGUCCAUGUCUUCCGCUUAUUCACAAGUUGUCAGUUCAAUAGCUCAACGCAACAGUCAAGCCCAGCACCAACAACAAGGUUCCGGUUCGCCAUCUGUCAUGUCGAAGUUGCCCGGAAGGGCAGCCACACUGCCCAUCAUCUCCGUGGCAACGGCGUCGCCCUCGACGACGACGUCGGGAGCCAAUGCGGCGGCUUCGGGUGUCACCACGGUGACGACGUCGACGACCAUCACUGUCGGCUCGCACCCGUCCAACCGAUCUCCGGUCAUCGCCAUGGCCGUCCAACAGACGCCCGCGUCCUCUUCAUCAUCGUCGUCGUCAUCAUCCCAGGCAGCCCAGGAGUCAUCGUCGCAGUCGCAGACGGGCGCCCACGGAAUGCAGCCCAUGAUGACGGACCUGCUGGAGCCGCCGAUUGGCGUGACGGAAAUUGGACCCAUUCCGCCGCCGCCCAUGUUCUCCUCGCCCAGUCCAAUGCUACCUCCUCGCGGAGCCCAUCACUCGGCACCUCCGCCCACCCACGGCAUCCACCUGGCCCAUUUGGCGCCACCCGCCGUGGCCUCUUCAUCGCCCAACAUGCUGACGAGCGUCGGUCACGAUCUUUCGGAUCUUCAGGACGACGACGUUCCGGAAGAGAGCGUCGACGAUAGCGACAGUGAGAGAGGAGUGCCUCCGGCAGCCAAUUGGGUGAGAGCACAGGGACCUAAAGAGCCGUCGCUCCAUGCCAAGCCACUCAAGUCGGCGCUCAAGAAAUCCGGUGCUUCCGGAUCGGCCAGUAACUCACCGUCGACUCCUCCCACGCCGACCGUCAACACUCCGACCCAGGACUCGUCUCCGCACGGAAGUCGGGGUGUGGCAUGGCAACAGGAUCAGCCACCGCCUCCUCCGCCACCGGCCAGCACGCGACCCCUGCGAUUCGGCAUCAGCCUGGGCGGCAGCAGCAAUAGCAACAGCAAUAGCACGUCGAGCAACGGACAAGCGGUGAACGGCGGAUCGGCUCACGACCACAAUCACAACAUGCAGCUCAAGUCGGACAACAAUAACCGCGAGUCGAGCGCCGCCGCUGCAGGUGGCGCUGGCGCUGGCGGCCACGGGGUCAACCAUCACCACCACAAUCCGCCGCCUCCGCCUCACCACCACCACCACCACCAUAAUCAUCCGCCACCUCCGCCGCCGCCGGCCAAAGGCCAGAGACCGACCUACCUGCCGGUGCCGGUGCCGACGAUCCCCGUCCAGUGCGACUACGACUCUGACGAGUCGGACGGGCCGAUCCUCUACCGGGACGACGACGUCGACGACGACGAGGAGAACAUGUCUGAAGAAGCGAGACUGAGCGCCCGGAUAGCCCGCAAGGACAGCCUGGCCCUCAAGCUGGCCAUGAGACCCGAUCGACAGGAGCUCAUCGAGAGGGGCAUCUUGCACGCACAAACCGAGAGGGAGCGACACAUUCAACGCGAAACGAUCGGAGCCCGUUUGACCAGGCGGCUGAGUCUUCGUCCGACGCAGGAGGAACUGGAAGAGCGCAACAUCCUUAAAAGAACCAGUCCGGCGGAGGAGAAGAAGGAAAGGGAAGAGAAGAAGAUGACUCUCUUCCGCAAACUCAGUUUCAGGCCAACGGUCGAAGAGCUUAAAGCCAGAAAGAUCAUACGGUUCAACGACUAUGUCGAAGUGGCCGACGCUCAGGAUUACGACCGAAGAGCCGACCGACCGUGGACGCGGCUCACGCCUCAGGAGAAGGCCGCCAUCCGUAAGGAGCUCAACGAUUUCAAGAGCACCGAGAUGAUGGUUCAUGUUGAUAGUCUUUACAUGAUAAGAUUCCACAAAUGAGUUGUCCGAUUCUCCUUGACUGACGAACUCUGUGAUACUUGCAAAUAAGACUGGACAAAAGAGAGAGAGAGAAACUAUAAAUUCCCGUGUGCUUGUUUUGAUUGUGAGUGUGUGUCUCUGUGUGUGUGUGUGUGUCUCUCUCUCUGUGCCGUUGGGUUGUGCGCCUGGUGUACUAUUAUUCGGCUGGCGAGAUGGAAAUUUUUCCGGAAUUAUUUGUUCACUAUUUUUGUUUCAAGCAAGAAAAUGACCGUCAUUUUUUGAGCACGCGGAAGAUGCUUCUUUUGUUGACCUACAGAUGUUUACGGUGAAAUUGCUCGCACGGCCACUACAAAUGACUACAUGAUAUCGAAGUGCCUGGGAUUCUUUAACCGGAUGCAUAUAUUUACUUGCUUAUCGAGAAGAGAAAUGUCAAAGGGAGAAAAUUCUUUUAAAAAAAAAAAUCAGGAGAUGAAUUGACGGGGGCUGGGAAACGCUUUUAAAUGGUGAUGAUCCCCUCUUUGAUUAUUUGGUAAUUUUGGGGUCCCCUGAUAUUUUCCUACCGUCUUUUCUCCCGCCAUUUAUUUUUUUUCUUCUUUCCUUUGAUUUACUUCUCUUAUUAUUAAUUUUCUUUUUUGUUGGCGGUGCUGUCUGUAUCUCGUGAUUUCACUUGCCUUCCCGUGGAAGACGGGAUGACGUCAUUGUGUUCGAGUGCAGCGAGAGAAACAAACGCCAUUUUCCAUUCCAUUAUGAUAUAUUUUUUUUUUCUUUUUUCCCUUGGUAUAUUUCUUUAUUUUUUUUUUGUUUGUUGCUGAACUGCUGCUGCCACACCCUCUCUCCUCCUGUCCCUCCUCCAAGCGAAAAAACAAAAUGUGAAAACAAAAAAUCUGCAAUCGAAAUGCGAAAAAAAUUAUUACAAAUAAAGAAAAAACAAAAGAAAGUGACUCGGAUUUUCGAUCAACGAGUGCUGCACCUGCCCCUCGUCCCCUCCCUCCUGAUCAAUAUUAAAUAUCUAUUAUAAAAUCUAUUUGCGAUUGUGUUUUGGGGGGAAAACGCAGGGGGUGGAAAAUAAGAGAAUUAGUUAUCUGUUUGAUCUUGAUUUGAUUUCUUUCGAUUUCUUUCUUUUAAUUUGAUUUUUUUUUGCUUUCUUUUUACAAAUGAUUGUACAGACGUUUGUUUCGCUCCGAAUGACCGCAAUCAUUGUGUACAAAGUCGUCGUCUAUUUGCUCCCCGUUCCCCUUUUUGAUUCUCCCGCCGCCCCCCCCCCCAAUCUCUAAUAAUUCAAAAAUGCCCUUUGCAGUCGUGAACGAAUGAAGACGAACCUAAUCCUCUCCUCCGAAACAUGAGAACAAAUGGAUGCUAUUAUAUCCGCAUAGUAUUAUGUUUAGCCUAUUCCCUUUCAAUGAGAAAUGCCCCAGUCCCGCGAUAUAAAACACAAAAAUGAAUUCCUUUUUUUUUUCUUGGCCUUUUGGCCCUCCACACUUCUACUUAUCUUGUCCUCCUACUCCCCCAUCUCUCCAACAAAAAAAAAAUGCUCUUGGCUUUGUUGAUCCCGUGCGUGUAGAUGUGUUCAAGUGACUCACCCAAGUUUCUCCUACAUGUCGGUCGCUGGCCCACCCGUUCCCUCCCCUCCCUCCCCCAUCUGCGUCCGUUCACGGCGCCAAUCAAUUCAAUCAUGGUCCCUUUUUUUAUUAAUUUUUUUUAAUACGAAAGAAAGAAAAAAUUGAAAUACAUUAAUUAUCGAUCA